AUGGAGAUUUGUCCCCCUGAUCCACCUAAACGAACGCCGCAGCAGUCGAUUAUCGAGGCCAAAAAUAAACUUCGGCUAGAUCACGAUGAAUGCUGCAACUGUUGCUGCUGUUGUACACCGCAACCUACAUGCUACAAAUAUGUUCAACCGGAAGUACCAAAAUCUUUCGCGCCUGUUCAAUAUUACUGGAAAUCGAACGUACCGAUGGAUAAGAAUACAACGUAUCGCCUCUCUUACUGGGAAGGGUCCGACACCAUCGUGCCGGAAUCUCUUCGUCCCGAAGACAAUUUAACAUGCGGUGACACGCCAAUGUCUGAUGAAACGACGCAUAAAAUGAGCUAUUUUGGCAAUUGGUGCGUGAAAACAGAUCCGCCAAUAACUCCCUGCGAUAGGCAGUGGCUGGGUAGAGGUCCGAUCGAGGACGUCACGACGCACAAACAUGAUUAUUCUUGGAAAAGCGUAAAACCCCCUAAGAUAUUAAAGGCGCAAAAUAAUUUGUAUCCUCCUUGUGCCGCCUUGUCUGAUGAUACGACGUAUCGCUUGAGCUACUAUAACUCCUCCUGCUUGCUUCCGGUACAAUCUUACGCGCCCAUUAAAAAAUAUGUCAAGUCAGAUGUGCCGAUGGAAGGUUGCACGACAUACAGACUUAGCUAUUGGCCAACCGAGGCACCCGUAAAAGAGGAGAUACCAUGGAGUUUCAAAGGAGAGUACCAUCGCCCGGUGACGCCGAUGGACGGAUGCACGACCUAUAGAUUAAGUUAUUGGCCUCACUGCGAGAAACCUUCGGAACCUUUUAGACACGAUGAGACCGAAAACUUGUUGAAUGCCGGCUGCUGCUUCGACGACAACACCACGUAUCGACUCAGCUAUUUCGGGUGUGGCGGUGACAAGCCGCCGGAUCCCAUUCGCCAGCCUAGCAACAUGAUUUUCUCGCCGUGUCCGCUCUCCCACGACACCAUCAAUCGGUUAAGUUUCCUGGGCAAUUGGUGCGUCAAGCCGGAAACGCCUUUCACACCCUGCGACAGACAGUGGCUAGGCAGAGGUCCGAUGCAAGAUAAAACUACGCAGAAGCAAGACUUCACUUGGAAGCGCGUGAUGCCGCCUGCGGAGAUUCGACCCGAGAACAAUCUCACUUUCUCGCCCUUGCCGCUGGAAUCCUGUACGACUCAUAAGCUGUCUUAUAUACCGAACGAUCAUGAAUGCCUGCUGCCUAUUAAAUCGUACGCACCCAUACGCACGUACCAGCCGUCCGACGUUCCGAUGGAAUCCGAGACCACGAUGCGACUGAGUUAUCAGCCGGUGGAGCCUGCGGAUCAGAUCGACAAGCCAUGGGCUGCGGCUACGCCCUAUUAUUCACCCGUCAAUCCCAUGGAGGACAAUACCACGUACAAUCUAAGCUACAUCCCGCCUGGUACGCUCGUCCCCCUGCCAACCCCUUGCUCAGCCUUUUGUCCCCCUGCCAACACCUACGGAAUGCUGUCGCAGCAACCUUGCCCCGCGUCGUGAAUGGAGAAUAAAUAAACAAGAAGUCACGCGAGCGCAGACGGAUGCGAGCGUUUGUGACGUCCCAAUCCUGUACAAUGUUCCUAUAAUAAAAUGUCCUUGUGCACCACGACUUUUCAAUACUGCGUUUAAUCCACGCGAAAGAUCAGUAAACGGUUAAAGCAAUUUCACAAUCGCGCCUC